AAUUAGCUUAUCUAUUACUAUCAAUUCGUGUUCAAUUGAAAAAAAUGGCAUUUGAUGCUUUUGGUAUUCCAACUAUGAACACAAUGCCUGUCGAUGUACAGAAUAAUUCUUUCUCUUCAACUGAUAUCUCUAUCAGUUAUCAUCAUCCAUUCAAUGGAUUGAUGAAUUCUACCAAUAAUAAUGAUCAACAAUUAUUCAAAUCAUCAUUGACAAUCUCACCACCCAUAUCUCCUCAACCUAUGGCAUCAAACGAUUUUCAAUCCAAAUGUAAAUUGAAUCAAUCAUGGACUACUACUCUGUCUAAUAAACAUUCAUUUCGUGUUUGGCGUUGGGCUACAUUAUGCUUUAUUAUGGAUCAUAUAAUGCGAGUUGUUGCACAUGAACAUUGUAAUGCAGUGACUUAUCAAUGUAUAGCUAUCUGUUUUGGUCCGGUUUUCUUUGGGAAUUCAUCAAAACUGCCAAAAUUAAAUGAGGUUCUUGAACAUUUAUUUCGACAUUGGUAUUGGCUUAUUGACAAUUUGCCAAUGAUUACAAAUGAUUCAUUAACAAAUAUCGAUUUGAGUAGUAUAAAUAAUGAACCAACUUUAUUGGAUGCUAUAACUUAUUUAACUGCUAAUAAUACUACUGCUACUACCACUACUGGUACUACUACAGCCGCAGCAAAGUUUAAACAUCACAAAAAAUCAAUUUUCCAAGAUCAUAAUCGUCAUCAUCACCGUUAUUAUUAUCAUCAGCCUAUUCAACGAUCAGAUAUGACACAUGAAACAAUCAAUAAUAAUGAUAGUUUGUCUUCGCCUACUAUUAAUUCGUCUGCUUCUUCUACACAACAUAAAUCAACUGAUGUUGUUCAUGUUGAAAAACAAUCUUCUACAUUAUCGUCAUCAUCAUCAACAUCGUCGUCGUCUGGUGAACAUGAGCAACAAGCUGUGGUGGAGCAUGAUUUAACUGUGAAUCGAUUUGAUAAUGAAGAUGAAUUGAAUGAAGAAGUUAUUAAACAAGUUCGUUCUUUAUGGUUAAAAGCUUUGGAGAAAGCUUUGAAUGCUCAAUCACAUAAGAAUGCACAAAUAAAUGAGAAAUCCACUGAUUCUACAAAAAUGGUAGAUCAUUCUAACAUGAUCGCUAGUACUACUACGACUACUACUACCACAACCACUUCACUACUACAUCGUACAACAUCAGCACUUCCAAAAAAAUCAACCAGACAAAAUGAACGAAAAGGUGGUGGUGCUGGACGAUUAACUGUGGAUGUUGUGUCAAAUUCUACACCACCAGCUCCUGCUCCUCCUGCUCCUCCAACGUAUUCAUCACCAACAUUUGACUAUUGUUGCAUUUCACCGCCAGCACGUUUUUUGUAUGCCAAGAAUCAACAAGACGUAUCAUUGUCAUCAUCAUCAUUAUCCUCAGCACCGCCACCACUGACAUCAUCGUUGUCUUCAUCAACUCCUACUCCUCAGUGUGAUUUAAUGAUGAUUGUUCGACGACCUGUUAUUCCUGUAACAACUACAACUAUUUCAUAAGAAGAAUUACCAUCUAUCUAUCUAUCUAUCUACUCACUAUCGUUGUGACCAAACACUAUGACCAUUGUCAAUUGUGUGUUACUGUGUUUGUUUUUUCUUGUUUCGUGUGUGUGUGCGUGCGUUUGUGUGUAAACCUUGUUUGCUCCUUGUUCUGUUUCUGUUUUCUUCACUUUUCACUUGAUUUUGUGUGUUUCUUGCUUGUUUUUAGUUGAAUAUGCCAACUAUCAGUUAAUCGGUUUAUCCACUGUCUAUACAAAAUGCACUUCCUAUCGUCGCACCGACUCCGGUAGAUCUGUUUUUUUUUUAAGGUGUUCAAUUAUUUUAUUUUAGAGAGAGAUAAAACAAUACCCGGUUUUGUGUGUGUGUGUGUGUACGUAUGUUUGUGUACGUCUUUAUUCUGUUCUUUUUUCUUGUGUAUAAAGUUUUUAUUCUGUCAACGUUUCUUUUCAAACAUUGUGUUUCUUUAUUUCGUGUUUCAAUCUUUGUCAACAUUUCUUUAACACUCGACUGCAUAUUUUCUUAUCUGAACGAACGUGUUGUUGUUUUUUUUUAAUAAAACACUUUCCUUUCCAAUGUCAUGUAUUAUUUAAUAACUGAUCAAUUGAUCGGUCUCCUUUAACUACUCCCUCCAUGAGUUCGAAACAAAGCGAGCAACACUUCUACCAAAUUUUGAUUUACAUUAUUUCACAAAAAGCUACUUAUUAUUUAUAUGAGUAGUUUGUUUGAUAUUUUCAAAAUAGAGAAAAUGUUCUUUUCUCAAACCAAAUACGCACAAUUAUUUUGAUUAUUUAGAAGAAAAAUAAAUUUCUGUCAUCAAAUUUUCAAUUCAACUUGAUCCACAUCUCUCAAUAUAUCACUAUUGUUCUAUGAUUAUUGUAAUCUACCUCGGAUUAUUUCAUUUAUUA